AUGAUUCUUAAAGGUGCAAAUCCAUCGGGCAUUCAUGAAUUCAUGAAGGCGCAUGCCUGGAACUUAUUGCUGAUUUAUGCUUUGCCUACCACAGUGACGACUUGUGUGGUUACAAUCACACAUGUACGUGCCCACAUAAUACCUUUUGAUGUUGGCUUUGCUUGCAUGUUAGCACCAUUCGGGACUACCACUGAACACCAGACCAAGAUUUGUCAAGAUAUAUUUUGGAGCUUGGAAAAGAAUGGAAAGAUAUGCAAAGAUUCAGUUGAUCAGUUGUACUGUAGUAAAUGUGACCGUUUCUUGGCAGACAGAUUUGUUGAGGGAGUUUGCCCCCACCUUGGUUGUGGCUAUGAGGAUGCAAGAGGUGACCAAUGCGAUGCUUGUGGUAAGUUGAUCAAUGCCAUUGAACUCAUCAAACCAAGAUGUAAACUUUGUUCUACAUCCCCUGAAGUUAGGUCCUCUAACCAUCUAUUCCUGGACUUACCAAAGAUUGAGAAGAGUUUAUCAGAAUGGCUUAGGAAAUCUUCAAAACAGUGGACAAAUAAUGCCAAAGUGAUUUGUGACACCUGGGUAAGGGAUGGACUGAAAACUAGGUGCAUUACAAGGGACUUGAAAUGGGGAACACCUGUUCCUAUGGAUGGAUUCAGAGACAAAGUCUUUUAUGUUUGGUUUGAUGCACCUAUUGGUUAUCUUAGUAUUACAGCCAGUUAUACUAAUGACUGGGAGAAAUGGUGGAAGAAUCCUUCCCAAGUUAAGUAUUAUGAGUUCAUGGCCAAAGAUAAUGUUCCAUUCCAUAGUGUAGUAUUUCCCUCCACUCAACUUGGAACAGGGGAAAAUUGGACUAUGGUUGAUUUUCUUGUUGCAACUGAAUAUCUGAAUUAUGAAGACGGAAAGUUCUCUAAGAGCCGAGGAGUUGGAGUGUUUGGUGACCAGGCCAUUGAAACUGGCAUUCCUAGUGAUGUGUGGAGAUUCUAUCUGCUGUACUUACGGCCAGAAGCACAAGAUACAGCUUUUUCAUGGGUAGAUCUUCAGACAAAGAACAAUAGUGAAUUGCUGAAUAACUUUGGCAACUUCAUUCACAGAGCUUUGUCCUUUGUGUUCAAGUUCUUUGAAGCAGCCAUCCCUGAAGCCAAACCAGAUGAGUCAGAUUUUAUGUUGAUGGCAGCAGUAAAUCAGGAACUUAAGCAUUACACAACAGCCUUAGCCAAUAAUAGGCAGCGUGAUGGUCUUCGCGCUAUCCUGUCCAUCACAAAGAUAGGAAACCAGUAUAUUCAGGAACAUGAACCCUACAAACUGAUCAAACCCAAUCGAACAGAAGAAGAGAAGGAACGCGGGGCAUCUGUCAUAGCCAUUGCUGCCAACUUAGUCUGCUUGGUGUCUAUAAUUGCAGAUCCUUACAUGCCAGAAAUAGCCAAGAGCAUUCAUGGUUUUUUGAACCUCUCAUCACAACAGAAUCACCUUCCUGCUCACUUCUGUUGUUUGUUGCCAGCUGGUCACAAAAUACAGGAGCCAAAACCCCUUAUCACCCAAAUUGAUGAUGACACAGUGAACAAGCUUAAGAAGCAGUUUGCAGGUGAAGCCCCACCCGAAAAGAAGGCAGCAGAUCCAGCAGAGAUUGCAAAACUUGAAGUACAGGUUACAGAGCAGGGUGCCAAAGUUCGCAGGCUGAAAGAGAGUGGCACAGCCAGUAAAGAUGAAAUCUCAGCUGAAGUUAUGACAUUGCUUAGCCUCAAAGGUCAGUUGGCAGCUGUGCAAGGAGUAGAUCUGCCUGCAGGUAGGAAAGAAAAAAAAAAGAAGGGAGGAGGAGCAGGGAAGGAGCAGGCCAAGAUGCCUCCAGCCUCUUCUGCGGUUGCUCCAGCUACCAUUAUAAAUCCAGCGGAGAUAGAACGGUUACAGGGCCUAGUGACACAAAAGGGCGAUCAAGUGAGGGCGCUGAAAGGAUCAGGUACAGCCUCCAAGGAAGAGAUUGCGGCAGAGGUGGCAACUCUCUUGAAGCUUAAGCAAGAACUGGCAAUGGCGCAGGGCAUUGACCCUGCCACACUCAAUGCAAAGGAUAAGAAAAAGAAGAAAUGAAAAAAUCACAAGAGAGAAAAUAGAAGUAACUAUACAGGGAUAACCUCUUCCUAAUAUUCCUUUUGUAGUUAAUAAAAGUUUUUGGUGGGA